AUUUGCUAGCUUAUCAGAUAGUGAAGAAGAACUUGUUAUUGAUGAGCAGAUGCAUUUAUCACCAAAACGAAAGAAACCAAGAAAAGAUGAAUUGUCCAAGCUGAAGGAAAUGACAGUGAAAGCUGAUAAAGACGAAAAUGAUUUCGAAAUAACACCACCACCCUCCCCGACAGAUGAUGAAAUAAUAAUGAUGCGUGUAAAUCAAAUGCGGUCUAGUAAUACCGAGAAGCCUGCUAUUAAGGGCGUAAGAAGGAAAUUAGCAAUGAAGGAUGCAGUCAGUAAAGUUGUGUUAACUAGGCAACCGUCAGGCGCAUUUAUCACUGUAACAGGAUGCGAUGGUCGGCGUGUGUAUUUGAGGAAAACUCUGGAUAAGCCCGAGAAAUCCAGCUUAGUGAUACAAAGAAAGACGCAUCUUUUAAGUUGUCCAGUUUCUGAGCUUAGAAGGCAAGCAGAGCUAGAGAGGCAGAAGAGAUUGAUGUCUAUUGUAGAUGAAAGAACAUCCACAGAUGUCAG